GACUAUGGGAACGACUGGAAUAUGCCAUUUUUCGAUAUCGCAAUGUACCAACAACCUAAACAUCGAACAAUGGAUGAAAAUUGACCAGUCACGACUACAGCAGAUUAUACCGUGUACUAAAGACAGUACAGCAAAUAAAUAAUUUAACUGUCGAACUGGCUGCUGUGAAAGCCGACUGCGCAUCUUGGUGGCAAAAUGCCGGAACAGCAAUGAUGAUAUUCCGAGCCAGACAUUGCGCGCCUCAUUUUGUCUAGUAAUUUCAUAAACAGCUGUGAAAGACAAUCGUCUUCUGAGGAACAGUUGGCAGUGAAAUCCCUCACCUCUAUUCUUGCAAAGAACACUUCCUGCUCUACCUCAUCCUACAACUCAGAUCUGCCAAUCUUCCUUGAGCCUAAACCCAUCUGUAGGGAGGCUCACAACUCAUAACAUUUCCUGUAGACCUCAACGAGUGUCACCUGGUCCAAUUUCCUGACAUCCCACAAUCCUGCUUUUCUAGCCAUUCUUCUAAACAGUGUAUUUACACCACUGAACCAACUGUGCAGUUACACCACUGAACUCCCUACCCACAACCAAACCCAAUCACUCAUGGCUUCUCCAAAGUUAGGUGUGUCAGCUACUACAACCUUAUCUUCAUCUUCCUCUUCUGCUGCUUCUCUCUGCGCACUUCCACAUGCUGGAAGUCCCAGUCCUGUGCCUGGAGGUCCCCCAAGCCCAGUUACACCUUCUUCCAGCCCAAGUACAGUACCUCCAGCCCCAGCAUGUGCACCUGUCAGCAUCGCGUUCAUCCUUGAUGAGCUACGUGUGCUGCAGCAGAGGCAAAUCCAUCAGAUGCAGAUGACUGAAGAGAUCUGUAGGCAAGUAUUAAGGCUGGGAGGAGCUUCUUGUGAACUGGAUUCAAUGCCAUUCACACUACCACCUCUGCCACAGCUCUGUUUGAAGGGUUCUGAAAGCAGCCCCAAACCCUCUCUGCAAAACUCAUCACCUCCCCCUACAUCUGUGGCUCCCCUUUUGGCCUGUGUAUCAUCCCUGUUUCCCUCCCAGACCACCUCUAAGUCCUCUAAACAUGCACAAUCUCUUUUGAAUGUCUUACACCCUCAUAAGACACAGUUUGACAGUGGGGCAGUUACUCCAGCAAACUUCACCAGUCAUACAAGUACUCACUCUUCCACAUCCUCACCAAUGUCCACAUCUGCUACCAUAAACUAUCCACUCACACCUUCCCUUGGCCUACCAGCCCAAAAUGCAUAUGAGAAAGCAUCUGACAUCACAGAAGCCAGAGGGAAGAGUAGUCUGACUUACCCAAACCAAGCUAUGCAAGCAGCUGCUGCCCCUUCAGCCCCCUCACUGGAUCCAAAACUAUCUGUGCAAGAAGGUACAACUUUAACAUCAGGGCGUAUGCAGCAUGCAUGUCGCUUUUGUCGGAAGAUCUUCAGCAGUGAUUCAUCCCUGCAAAUACACUUGCGCUCACACACAGGGGAACGUCCAUACCAGUGCCCUGUAUGUUUCAGUCGAUUCACCACACGAGGGAAUCUCAAGGUCCACUUCUUGCGGCAUCGUGAGCAAAACCCUGAACUCUCUUUUUCUUUGUUUCCGUGUUCCCUAUUUGGAUCUGUGACAGGGGGGUCAGUGACAGGAUCAGCACAAACUCAAACUAUGUCCUCUACCAACAUGAGUGCUGCUCAGAGGCAUCAGAAACAGCAAGUCGGGGAUGGUCUGUGUGGUGAGAAUCUUGAGGGUGCUACUGAUUUACCACAUACCACAACAUCAUCUCUGCCUCCAAGUAUUGAUUUGGCCCUGCUGACCACUGCACACUCUCUCCUUCAGCUCAACCGUGCUGCUGCUGCAGCUGCAGCAGCCUCUAAAUCCUCUACCUCUUCAGUUACGUCCUCAUCCUCUUCCUCGCUUGCCUCCACCCUUCUUUCAUCCCCUGCCUCAUCCACCUCAUCUGUUGCUGGUGUGUUUAAAGGAGUGAAACAACAGUGCUUUGAUGAGAACACCCCUCCACUACCUACCCUACUCCCCCAUUCUGCUUAUUCACAGCUUGCCAGCUUACCCAAAAUCUUCUUCCCAGCAUCUUCAAGCCACCAACACCCAGGCCAUGGGCUUCUGAGGCCCACAACUACAACAGGAUCCUUCCUUACAACCCCACAACAACAGAUUGCAUUCCCUUUCACAGCCUCUUCCACUUCCCCAUCCAUCUCAACCUCCGCCUUAACCUCAGACACAUCAAAACUGCAGAAACUGGUGGAGAAGUUAGAGAAGCAACCUCAUGGUCAGUCCCACUGGGUUUCAUCCUUUGGGGAAACUUCUACCAGUAGCUACAGCACAGCAGGAGGUUUAAGCAAUAGCAGCAGUAGUUUAAUGAGCACAAGAACUUUCAGUACAAAUGCAAUCACCUCAUCUCCAUCAUCUACAGUCCAGAUACCAUCAUCUAUCUUCAACAAGGAGUCACCUUAUCUGGGUCUUAUGAAUUCUGCUGGAGCACUUGCCCAUAAUCAGUGUAGUGUGUGUCUUAGGGUGCUAAGCUGCCCAAGAGCACUACGUUUGCACCAGGCUACCCAUUUAGGUGAGCGCCCCUUCCCCUGUAAGCUGUGUGGUCGUUCCUUAUCAACUAAAGGAAGCCUUCGAGCUCACCUUGCCACCCAUCGAGCACGGCCACCAAACAGUUGUGCACAAAAUUCUUGCCCCUUAUGUCAGCGAAAGUUUACUAAUGCGCUUGUGCUGCAACAUCAUAUUCGCAUGCAUUUAGGAGGACAGCUACCACCAGAGCAUCUGCCUGAAAUUUCAAUGGAAAGUGAUACUUUGUCCCAUUCCCAACUCCCUACUUCAGAGAUCAGCCCUAGGACUACUGAUGUUCAGUUACUACAUGCUGAUAUAGAAACAGUUUUAGAUUUGAAAUGUUCCAUUAGUAGUCAUUCUGACCCCCUUGCAGUCAGUAUUGCUCCCACAGUAUGUCCUCUAACCUCCAGUCUACCUGGUUCACUGAGCCCAGGUCCCAUACCACAUUUUGACAUAAGCCCUGACCCUUCUCUGAAUCCAACCACCCAUUCACCUCCAACAGGCAGAGCAGAUCCCCCUGUUCUCCCUCUCAGUGUACCCUCUCCAGAAGAAUCUCCUGUCUGUCUUCUUCCUCCCACCACCCACCCAAUCUCAGCAACAACAGAUCCUCCUGCCUCUGAUGAACUAUCUUUUGAAUGUUCCAGCAACACUGCCUUCCUAGGAGAUAAAAAAAUGUCCUGCUCCUCUGUUUCGGUGAAAGCCAGUUCACACAGCGACGACUGUGAAUUUAGUGAAAAUAGAUCUCCCUUGCCUAUUCCUGCAUCAAGAUCACAUUUGGAAGAUCUUCUUAGUAUACAAGCUCAUCAUACAUCAAAAGGUCCUCUACCACAUCCAGCAUCAGAACUACUGGAGCCUGACCAAGGCCUUGUUGAAACAUCCAAUUCAAUCCCCCAAGAGUUUUGUGAGGAUGAAAUUAGUGAAGAUAAAGCACACAAAACACCAAAGAAUGCUCAAAGGGCAACUCCAGAUUUGAGUAUUAAUGCAAAUAUAGUAUCAGACACUUUAAACAAGACAGUUGAGGAUGCAGCUGAGACUGUGCCUGAGGAGCCUGACACACAAGAUGCGAAGACCAUAAAGGAAGCUCACUGUAGUUUAAUUGCAAAGGAUAAAGUUGACCUUAAAGAUACAACUGGAACUGAAAAGAACAGAACAGAAUCAACUGUACGCAUAUCACUGACUCCCAGUCUUCCACCUCCCAUGCCAGAGAGAAAAACCUACCACUGUUCUGAAUGUGGAAAAGAGUAUGCAAGUCGCAGUGGAUUGAAGGGACAUAUGAAGCAUCAUGGAGGAUUUGUCAAGGCUCCUCGCGCUCCUGCUAAAACGAAGGGCCCAGAGAGAGUGUUGCAUCAGGAGCGGUCAGAAAUACAUCAUGCGUCUCUUCUACCACCUGGGCAUCAGUGAGCUUCUUGAACAAAACCAAGCCCUCCUUAACAUCAGCACAUUUCAGAGCUUUUCACUUUUUAUUCAGAGCUUCUUGUUUUCAAGGAAAAUGGGACAAAGUGUUGAAAAAAAUGUAAUAGAAGACAUAGGAACCUGAAGGAUAUUUUGGAUCUUGAUUUUAGACUGCUCCCACACAUGUAAACAUGCACACACUAAACAUGUACAUGGCCAUUUCUUGGCAUUAUUACAACUGAAAAUGCACCCAGAUCAUACUGUAAUAUUAAAAUACCUGCAUUGUGCAUUUUUAAUAUACAAUAUGUGAUACAUUUAUGUCAGUGCUUGAUGCCCUUUAACUGCAGUCAAUUCUUGGAACAUAAUGUCUAAAAAUAUCUUGUAGUACUUCCUUGAGUAUUAUGUGAUGUUCUUUUUGAUGGCUUAAAAUUGUUUUGUUAGUGUAAGGUUGUCAUGAUGGUUUUGUUUGUUUAUAUCAAAGAGAACAUGUAGAGGUAGCUAAGAAAUAGCUUUGUUUAAGGAACAGAUAGAAAAUUAAGUCAUUAUUCACUGAAAAUCCUGUCCUCCGCCAUUGCUCUGAAAUCUCAUUCGUGCUUGCAUAUUCAAACUUGGUGUCACCUCAAUAAAUAUCAUGCCAAGUUUGAUUUCACUAAUGUUAAACACCUAUGGUUCUCACCUGUCAAUAUGUGCAAUCGGUUGAACAUGCACAAGCAUGAAUGAGAUUUGCAAAGCUAUAUGGCAGAGGGUAACAUUUUAAGCAAAUAAUGAUUUAAAUAUCAGUCCCUUCCUUAAAAAUAAUAAUAAUAAAUAAAUAAAUAAUAAUAAUAAAAAAAAGGCUAUUGUGUCGGUGAACUAUUAUUUUAACCUUAAAGAACAACAAUAUUAAAAAAAAUAUGUGCUGAGAUUUUAAUAAAACAGUAAAUGGAUGAUCCAAUUUGAAGGAAGUGUACAGUAUUUUACAUAAAAAUUCAUAAAUUCAAUUUUUAUUGAAUCUUAAUUUGGUCAAACAACUUGUGGCCCUAUGUGGAUGUAAUUAACCUUUAGCCUGAAAUACAAGCUCCUACCAAUUAUUGCAAUAUACUAAAAUGCUUUGGCGCAACCUUUAAGAUUUUGAUAGCUAUGGUGAAAAAAUAUAUCAUACUUACAUUGUUAAUGUUUUAUACUUGUACUAAAUCUUUUGGCUUUUAAUUGACGUCAAGGAACAGUUGGAUUAGUUCUAAAAUGAAGAAAACACCAUAAAUAUAGCCUGUCAACCUACAGUACAGUAUGUCCAUUGUGUUCAUGUUUGUCUUGUUCAGCUGUUCACUACUAGAUAAAAUACUGCUUUUAACACCAACUAGACUAAAGAGUUAGUUGAGACUGUUUAACAUGCCUGUAUCUUAGUUAGAGUUAGCUCUUGUUACCUAUUGUUAGUGUAUCCAUUGAAAAAGGCAAAAAUAUACUGACUCAUUCUGAGAUUAACCAUUAGCUUAAAGACAUUUCUAAUUUUCUUGGUGGCAAUGUUUGUUUCUUUGGUGGUGUUUGUUCUUUGUCUGGAUACUUUUACAUGAAAUUAUUCCCUAAUGUUUAUUGCUUAGAAAUGAAUUGGGUGUAAACUCUAAGUUGUAAUUUCAUAGUACAGAUGAAAUAAAAAAGUAAAUAAA